CCCGCCCCGGCGCCCGCCCCACCUCCACCAUGUCAGCCAAGACCAGCACCUCCAUGGCGUCAUCAGCCACCAGCACCCGGCAGUCACGUGCUUCCGGUUACACCAUAAUGACGGCCUACGGCAGCAGAAGGAUUCGGAGACCGCAACACUCGGACGCCGGCGCCU